UGUACCUGGAAACAUGGCCGAAGCAUCAUCUGCUCGUCCACUUGUCGAGCCCAAACAAGUAGAAGAAAAAAGUAUGGAUGACGAACCAGUGCUAGAAAUGAACAGAUAUGUAGAAGAUGAAAAGUCAAAAAAGAAAGUUUCAUUUACUGAAACAAUAAUGCCAUUUGAGAAACCAGAAUUCAAACCAGGAGCAAAUGAAAUGGGCUCUUCUGAAGAGAUGUUUCAACAGAUGUUUAUGGAUCCCAUGAUGAAAGAUUUAAAUAGACAUGUACAGGCCAAUACAGAUAUACUGGACAAGAUCAGCAAAGACAUGGAAGAUCAGAGGAAACAAAGGCUUAAAGACAGACAAACAUCACACAUCCCUGAGGCCCUGAAAGGAGGUGGACAGGAAAUGAAAGAAAUCAUGAAUAAAGUAGAAGACUUGAUUUUAUUUGGUAAUGCAGAAGAUGUGCAGGAAGAGGGCACUGUAGCAGUGAAAGAGGAAAAAUCAAGUGCUAAGUUACAAGAAUUAGACGGUCAUGCCAGAGCUGCCCUGACUGCCCACAGUCUGUCAGCUUAUGUCUCUACCUUAGAUGAAGAACAUCUAAAGACAUUCACAACUAAAAUUAUAUCAGACUGUGAACUUUGGUUGUCAAGACUUUUCAGAUUUGGAGACGCCUCUGUUGUUUAUCAUGAGGAAGAGAUGGAUGGAUUGGUUAAGAUUUGUAGAUUGGCAAUGUACCAGAAAUAUCCUAAGUACCCUACAGAAGGAUUUGAAGCCUUGUAUUCCAGACCUCCUGUUAUAUAUGUCAGUGCAUCAGCUAAACCUGGUGUGACAAAUUACCUAUGUUUACAACUUGGUUUACCCUUAUCUUGUAUAUGUACAGUACCAGUUGUGACAAAGAAUGGAGCUGUAGGAAGAAUGAAUAUAGAUGUACUUGAGAAUUUGAUACGGGAUGAUAUCGCUGCAGCUAAGACACCUGUAAUGUUGGUAUGCUUUGCAGGUACCCCAUUAACUGGACAGGUGGACAAUUUAGAUGAUUUACAGGACAUAUGUAAAAGGAAAUCCAUAUGGUUACAUGUAGAAGGAAACACCUUGGCGACACUGACAAUGUUCUCAGUACCGACAUCUUUACAGAAUGCUAAGUGUGGGGACAGUAUGACUCUGGCUAUAGGUAGAUGGUUAGGUAUACCUGGACUUCCGUAUUGUACUUUAUACAAAACAAAUGACCCAGCAUUGGUGAUAGCAGCUGGUCUAAACACAUUUAAUUCACAACUGAAGUUAAAUUGUCUCCCUUUGUGGAUAUGUCUUCAGAGUUUAGGACAUGAUGGAAUUGUGGACAGAGUCAAGUCAUCUUGUGAUCUGGCGGAAGCAUUAUACAAAGGAAUAGAUGAAAUUUCAACUAUAAAACAAUAUAGUAUAGAAAAGAAAGAAGAAGAAGAUGUGAAAGGAAUCAAGGAUUUAAUAUUCAAAGCCAUUUCUGCCCUGGUUGUGUUUGAGAUUGUGACACCAAACAUCGUGUUUCAGUAUGCAGAGGAUGGUGCACAGACAGGGAUACAGAUUGCACCAUACAGUACUAAUGUAGAGGACGAAGAGGAACCAGAAGAAGAUCAGAAUGCUGUGUAUUAUGAUGCUCUUAAUAUGUGGUUAGGAGAAACAAUGCAGAUGGAAUGUCCAAAACUAAACUUCCAGAUAGUGAAAUUGGAAAAAGAAGGCAUCUGCCUUAGGUUUGCUCCACUUGAAUGUGCUCAAGUGAAAGGAAUAAAACCAGAAGACGUAGAAGAAAGUAUUGUGAAAUUGAAAGACCAGAUAAACAUAUUGGAUGCUACAGUAGGUCAGAGAGACAAAUUCAGAGCUGUUGUGGAUCAGCAGAAAAAUUUGAAGCUGAUAGAGAUGCCAAAAUGGGCUGGACUUGGGGUUGUGCAAUAUUUACCAGAAUCAUGUGUGAAUCAUUCUGAUCAUUUAUCACAUAAGCCUAGACAUGAGAUUAACACUGUUAACAUAGAGUUAGUGAAGAAACUUAAAGCUACAGACACUGCCUUCUCAUUGGGUCGGUUAGAGAAUGAGUUAGCGUGUGUAAAAUUUGGUUUGAUCACAGAUGACACAGAUGUGGAAGAGUUGAUAGAUCAUGUGAUGAAGUGUGGUAAAGAGAUUGAAGAGUCAUCAAGGUAUUUUGAAGCUUUGGCAGAUCUUAUUAAGCAGGGUAUUGAAAUAGCUAAUGAAGAUUUAAAAAAAGAAUCAGAAGAAAAAUUACAACAGGAGGGCGUAUUAAGACAAGUUCCUUUAGUUGGAUCCCUGUUGAAUUGGUGGUCUCCACCACCUAAAGAUCAGAUAAAGGGAAGAACUUUUAACUUGAAGUCUGGAACAAUGGCCAGUACAGAAACAACCUAUAAAUACCACAUGCAAGUUCAAGAGGAAACACAUUCAAAAGAAAAAGACAAAAAAGUAAAAACAAAUUUAUUUCAGAAAGGGAAUUCACAGACUGAACCUACAUCACCUACCACAAAAACAGCACAGGAAAUAAGGAGUGAACUGCAACAUGAAUCUACUUCUCCCACAUCCAAAACUCCUCCAGAAAAGGCCCCGACAGAUAUCCCAGGAUCCCCAUCAACAACAGAAUCUCCAGCCAAUACAGAAGCACCUGGUUCUCCUCAAGUCAAAGAUGAAGGUACAGACCUGAAAUAGAGAGAGUUUGUGGUUAUCUGUACAUUCCAGGGAUUAUUUUGAGGAAGAGUGGGAAUUCUUGUGUCUGUGGAAUACUAUGCCAUUUAUUUGUGAUGAAUAUUGUUUGGAUGUGUGCAUGUUAACACUGCUUAUGUGUAAAUUGAGAGGACAAUCACAUUUCAUCCUUUAUGUAAGGACCUAUGAUCUUUUAUGUUGGGGCCUAUGAUCUUUAAUGUUGAGAAAAAGGAAUUGUAAAUUAUACUACUUAUAAAUUGACUAAUAUUUAUAUAGAAACAUUUUGACACAAUCCAGUUGACAGAAAAGUAUUUAUUUUUAAAUAGUUUAUUUAUUUAAAAUGAUUGUUACAUUUUUUUAUAUUGAAGUUUUUUGUUUGUUUUUCUGUUAAGAAGCAUAAUGCUAACUUAUUUUUUUCUCUUUUUUUUACCUAUUUAUACUGUAGUAAUAUUCAACAAAUAUUUCAAAGAAAUGUUUACAGACUUAUCUCAACUUAUGAGAACAAUGUCCUUCUGAUUACUACUUAAGAUACUCAUUCAUACACCUACCAAUGUCUUCAAUUUUAACAUUUAUAAUUAACUUUCAAAAGAAAGAAUACCAUGUUUCUGAAUAUUUACAGUUGAUAUAGCCCUUUGAAUAGAAAAAAAAUGUUUUAAAAUGAAAUGCAGUGCAUUGGUGCCUGCAAGGAAUGAGAGAUGUAUAUUAAUGAGACAUUGGUUUAGUCAUAGAACUUAUAGAAUGUGUUAUAUUUAGCAAGGUGAUUUCUCAUUAAAAGAAAAAACAAUUUUAAUAAGUUUAUAAAAGUUUGAAUGUUUGUAUCGAGGCAAAAAUAUUCCUUCUGUAAGUCAACUUGUGAUUGUAAAGAAGUUGAUGGUUUUCAUUGAGGACAUUGAUGGAUGUGUCUUUAAACUGCCUGUAAAGAUGUGAAUAAUGGAUGAUUGUCUGAAGUUUUGGUUGUGUGUGAUAUUGGUAUAUUUUUUGCCUUAUUCCUUCCGUUGCAUUUUAAAGGUAGUAAAGUGUUUAUUGGUAUAAAUAUAAAUGUGUUCAGAUCAUUUUACACAUGUAGUCAUAAUUGGAUUAAUUGUAAAUGUACACAGUAAAUAUUGUAACUCUCACCAACCAUACAAGGAAUCUGUAACUAAAGAGAAUUCCUUUACAUAGACAAAUAGCAUUUACACGAAAAAGUUUUGGC